AUGAAGGGCUUUGCAAAUGUUUGUGUGGGAUUUUUAAUCUUGGAUGCUAUUGUGGCUGCUCCUACCCUGAGUUCUGUAAUUUAUGACUCUGAAACCUAUGAUGUUGGUUUGGAAGAUCUGGAUAAUUUGUAUGACUACGAUGAAAAUCUCUCUGUUGAUCAGGCACAGGUGGAGAUUGGAACAGUGUUACCUUCUGUAACUCAAGACAUUUAUUCAUCUUUACCACUGCCAGAAGAACCUGAGGAAGAAGCUUCCACACCCAAACUUAUUGAUGGUUCUUCUCCUCAUGGACCUGGACUUCUUGGACCUCAUACACAUGAAGGCCUCCCAACUUGCCUUCUGUGUACAUGUCUGGGUACCUCUGUAUAUUGCGAUGACCGUGAACUUGAAGCUCUCCCGCCUUUGCCCAAGCAAACCACCCAUUUCUACUCCCGCUACAACAGAAUCAGAAAAGUCAACAGGGACGACUUCAGUAACCUAAGCAACUUGAAGAGGAUUGACUUGACAUCUAAUUUUAUAUUUGAAAUUGAUGAAGAUGCCUUCAGGAACCUACCACAGCUUCAGGAACUGAUUCUUCGAGAUAAUAAGAUAAGGCAGCUUCCAGAAUUACCACCAACCUUGACAUUCAUCGAUGUUAGCAACAACAGGCUUGGUCGCAAAGGAAUAAAACAAGAAGCAUUUAAAGAUAUGAUUGACUUGCACCAUCUUUAUAUCACCAAUAACAACUUGGAUCAUAUCCCACUUCCACUCCCUGAGAGUCUCCAAUCUCUUCAUUUGCAGAACAACAAUAUACAAGAAAUGCAUGAAGAUACUUUCUGCAAAAUGAAAGAUUAUUCUUACAUUCGUAAAUCUCUCGAAGACAUCAGACUAGAUGGCAAUCCCAUUAAUUUGAGCAAAACCCCUUACGCCUAUAUGUGUCUACCUCGUUUGCCCAUUGGGAGCCUUUUUUAAGUGUUGGCAGUAAU